AUGAGCGCCAUACCAACAACAGACGCCGAAUGGGCGCAAAAGAUAUCAAACAUGAAACAGCAGCUCCCAGCACGAAGCCUCAGCCAACCAGCAAUACCCCUCCGAAUCAACCGAACCAUAGACCACACCCUCCUGAAAACACCAAUCGACGCCUCCCAAAUCGACACCCUCUGCCAAGAAGCCCUAGAACAAGACUUUGCAGCCGUCUGCGUCCGACUCGAGCACGUCUCCCGGGCCGCAGCACUGGUCAAAGACUCCAACACACUAGUAGCAUGCGUAAUCGCCUUCCCAGAGGGGACGCACGAAACAGUCGAGAAAGUGCGCGAAGCAAAAGAAGCCGUAGCGCAAGGCGCGCGCGAGCUGGACAUGGUCAUUCGGUAUGAACUGCUCAAGGAGGGCCGGUAUACGGAAGUCUAUGAUGAUAUCCUGGCUGUGCGGAAGGCGGCCCCGUCGCCGAUUGUACUGAAGGCAAUUCUUGAGGCGUCUGUGCUUGACAAGGAGCAGUUAAUUGAUGCUACGAUCGUGGCUUGUAUGGCUGGAGUGGAUUUCAUUAAGACUAGUACUGGGUGGAAUGGGGGUGCUACUAUUCAGCAUGUUACGCUUAUGAGGACUGCGGCUGAUAUGUGUGACCGGUCUUGUAUGAUCAAGGCUAGUGGGGGGAUUAGGAGUGCUGGUGAUGUUGGUAGGAUGUUGGAGGCUGGGGCGCAUCGGAUUGGGACGAGUGCUGGCGUUAAAAUUAUGCAUGAGGUCAAUGACGAGGAGGUUUUGGAGCAGGGGACUAGUCAUGCUACUUAUUGA